AUGUCGGGUCGGGUAAGGAAGCAGUCGGACUGCCCCGUGAGCAAGCAGGGGCCUAUGCGAGCAACGCUGCCGGUAUCAUCAGUAAUGAAGAGCGGCGGCCUCAAGAAGAAUGCCAGCAACAGUCCGACGCUGUCACCAACUAACGCUUGGCGUCGAAUAUCACCAGAUCACGCCCUGUCUGGACAGCGAAGCCCUGGCGCUGUCAAUUACAAAGGCAAAAGUAGAUUUGGCGCUAGUGUGAUUAGACGUACAGCGUCACUGGACACGCUGUAUCAUAAAGGACAAUGGUCCAGGGAUUACUAUCAACACGCUAGCCAGUUGCAAAUUGAUAAGUCUACACAAACUGAUGACGGAGGUGGGGCAUCAGGACGUUCAUCCCGCAGUUCUGACGAUGACAAGCUAGACCGUUUCUUACGUAGUCGCCUUCAGAGACCACACAAACCUUCUGCGUCCGGAGAUUACUCGAGCCAUUCUAUGAGCACUGCUCUAUGGUCCCGUUUUGGAGGUAGUAGCGUCCCAUUAAGAGCAGCCAGAUCAUCUGUCGAAGGCCUCAAUCAGGAGAUUGAGAGACUUGUGCUGCAACCCGCCAGUGGCACUCAAACUCCACAUUUAGAUCGGCUAAGAGACAAGGUGACACCAGAAGGGCACCGCGCACCUCUUGCAGAGCUUUUGAGGCGUUCUGUAAACACACAGACACCACACGACCUGUGUCAUACUGCUCACUCUUCAGGAGGCAGCGUGUGUUCGUCUCCAGAUCUCGACGGGUCUAAGUUAGGAACAUCUCCGCAAAUUAAUCGCUUCUUAGCUCGCGAACCUCCAGAUGGUUGUGAAAAGGUGAACCUGAAAGCGGGUGAAGGGACAUCGUCGGAUUCGGUGUCCGUAAUGAAGCCAACAGUACCAGGCUUCACACUGCGGCCAUCUCUUGGGUCUGCGUUCCAGCCGCUGCAGCCGACAUCGCCCCCGUCCCCGCCAGCCCCCCACUGA